UACAAAAAUGAUGAUCCAUCGACCAUGUAUGGUAUAUAGUAAGGUACAAAAAUGAUGGUCCAUCGACCAUGUAUGGUAUAUGGUAUGGUACAAAAAUGAUGGUCCAUCGACCAUGUAUAGUAUAUGGUAUGGUGCAAAAAUGAUGGUCCAUCGACCAUGUAUAUUGCAAUAUACAUGUAUAUUGCAAUAUCUGCAUUCCAAUUCCCUCAACGCCUUUUACCGGCAUUUAAAUAAAGAAAGGUCAAUUUAAACAUAAAAAAGAGACAAAUGAAUUAUUUCGUCGCGCAACUCGGACUUUUGUUCGCUCAUAAACCCCACCUACACCCAUUAAUUGCGUGUUUCAUGUGCAUGUCACGCGACAGUAGUGAUCACGUGAGUAACACGUCCAGCGUUCGCGUAUGAAGAUUGAAUCGAGACAGGCCUCGAGUCCAACUGCAGACUGCGACGGAUGAAAACUUAUUGAUUCGCCGACAACGACGACGACGCUCGUUGGGAGCCAUCGAUCACCAAGUAAAUCUUGCCGAAGGAGAGAUCACGGCUUACAUGACGGCACGACGACGACGACGACGACGGCUAUGACGACGUCAGUGGGAUCACCUUGGUAACCGGCCGUCAAAACACUACGUCGUCGACGCGCAAAGACGACCGUAAUACGUCGACGAGCGUGGCCAUCGGUGGGAUCGUUCGCCAGCCUUUGCCGCGUCCUAUGGAUCAUCCUGACAUCGCGACGACAACGACGACGACGAUCGCCGUGCUCGCGCAGCGCUGGAAAAGCUGGCCGAGUCGGGUCGGCUGGCGUUGAAGUUGUUGAAGUGACUGAGAGAUGAUCGCCGGCGUGGAAUCCGCGUGGUAUCGGCUGGAAUGUGAAAGCUGACGUUGGAGUGCGACGACGAGGGUGCCGAUCGUCAUUGGAAACAAAGUGCCUUCGAGUUGCCGAGUCUUAAAGCAUGAGCUCGGGGAAUUCCCGGAUACUUUGCUUCGCGCUGACUUUGGUUCUCGCCUGCUGCCAAAGAGGCUGGGCUAUCGACUGCUUCAAGUGCGUCUCGAUCGAUGGCGACAACAAACCCUGCGAUGACCCAUUCCAUAACAAUGGGAGCCUCGCCUUCUUGGAGUCGCCCUGUUUGGGCGGUCGGAAAGGACGGGACGGCCUCUUCCCGGCGACGGCUUGCAUCAAAAUCGCCGGCGUGUACGACGAAUCCGGCGUGUCGCUCAUGGUGAGGGGCUGCGCGCUAGACAGCGGCACUUUGACCACCGACUCCGAGAUCAUCAGGAUGUCCCACUGCGGAGGUUUCUACUUCGACGACAAAUACGUGCGUGGGUGCGUGCAGUCCUGCAGCGACGCGGACGCGUGCAACACGUCGUCGGGCAAAUUGGCGACGCUGAUUGUCCUGAUAUUCCCGGUCCUCGUGGGACUGCUCUAACGACGCGCGCGCUUUAACGAUGGACGACGCGAUGAUGUACGUGUGCACACAAGCGAGUGCGAUCGCUUCAUCGUUGGCGGACGACGAGCGGAGAAGUUCGCCGGGCGAAGAAGCGGCGGCGGCGGCGGCUUCGAGAGGUUCACGACGAUCCUCGCGAUGAAGAACAUUACGCAGCGAGCAUAUAACGCGAUACGCGCGACAUGACGUAAUAAUUAACGAGAGUACUGUUCGUUAAAUUCCACAAUGGUAAGACUACACCUCGCGCGACCCGCGUGUCCAAGGCCCGUCUAACGAUGGUCUUGGAACUCGAGUCUCGAGUGAGCUACUCGGGUUCGAAUCCGGAAUGUGAGAUGUGAUUUUUUUUCCAGUUGAAUCGCGAUUACCGACGUGAUGUCGUCGCGUGCAUCGCACGACGCGACUGAAGAACUCGGUUCUACGUUUGAAUUAAGAAACCGAAGUAGCUCACGUGAGACAUGUCUCGAGUGACACGGUCCUUAUCGACAUGGUCCUUAUUGCCUCUCACAGACAUCUUUCUGAGACAUCUUUUUGAGACGUCUCGAUGUUCUCUGGGAUAGUGAAUAUACUGCCAGAUUAUGAUUAAGAUUCUCUCUAGCGACGAACGGUUAAACAAUUAGUUGAUGUUUGGGACGGUUAAACCACGCGGCUUGCUGAUUAUCAUUUCGGCUAUCAUUAGUGACAUGUACGUGCGAUACAUCGAUUGUACUAUUACUACCGCUUCAUAUCAAUAAAGCAUAUCUCGAAAUUGUUAAACGAA